ACCCAGAAAGAAAUCAAGACGGGAGCAGAGCAAGCGAGGGGAAUAAAGCAGAGGAGGGAGGGGGAGACAAGACCAGAGAGAGAGAGGUAGCCAAGAACGCCAUGGCCUCCGCUGCUUGCUAGCUAGCCAGCCAGUAGUAUAUAAGGAGCGGCACCGCCUGUGCGACCCGGCCCCGUAUCCCAAGUCAGUCGUCUCAUGCUCCGGUCCACGCACCCGCUCAGCCCCAGCAGCAGCAGCUCGGCCCCGGCGUCCAGCUCCGGCGAGACGAUGGUGGGGGGCGCGCCGAGCGGGGCGAAGCUGCUGCAGAUCCUGAACGUGCGCGUGGUGGGCACCGGCGAGCGCGUGGUGGUGCUGUCGCACGGCUUCGGCACGGACCAGUCGGCGUGGAGCCGCGUGCUGCCGUACCUCAUCCGUGAGCACCGCGUGGUGCUCUACGACCUCGUCUGCGCCGGCAGCGUCAACCCGGACCACUUCGACUUCCGCCGCUACAACAACCUGGACGCCUACGUGGACGACCUCCUCUCCAUCCUCGACGCGCUCCGCAUCCCGCGCUGCGCCUUCGUCGGCCACUCCGUCUCCGCCAUGAUCGGCAUCCUCGCCUCCAUCCGCCGCCCCGACCUCUUCGCCAAGCUCGUCCUCAUCGGCGCCUCGCCUAGGUUCUUGAACGACAGCGACUACCACGGCGGGUUCGAGCUGGAGGAGAUCCAGCAGGUGUUCCAGGCGAUGUCGGCCAACUACGAGGCGUGGGCCAAGGGGUACGCGCCGCUGGCGGUGGGCGCGGACGUGCCGGCGGCGGUGCAGGAGUUCAGCCGGACGCUGUUCAACAUGCGGCCGGACAUCUCGCUCCACGUCUGCCAGAGCGUGUUCAAGACGGACCUCCGCGGCGUGCUGGGCAUGGUGCAGGCGCCGUGCGUGGUGGUGCAGACCACCCGCGACGUCUCCGUGCCGGCCAACGUGGCGGCGUACCUCAGGGCCCACCUCGGCGGGCGCACCACCAUCGAGCCCCUGCCGACGGAGGGCCACCUCCCCCACCUCAGCGCCCCCAGCCUCCUCGCCCAGGUGCUCCGCCGCGCGCUCGCCCGGUUCUAGCACGAGAAAAAAGUGAGAGAGAAGAAAUUACUGCAGCUGCCUGCUGGUUUCACCGACCCGCGCGUACGUACGGGGUCUACCCCGUAUUUCUUCUCUGUAUUUUUACCGCAUCCGCAUGAAUUUUUACUUGCCUCAUAGACUCGGAAGAAAAUGCCAGGAGUGUGUCCUGUAGCACGUAUGAGCACUCGAAAUAUUUCUCGAGGCGUACGAGUACUCAUCAGUUUUCAUCUC